CCAUGUUCAUGAGAUUUUUGUGAGAAAGAAAAAGCUCUUUUGUCGUUUUUCUUAUCUUUUGCUCUUUUUUUGGCUGUCAAAAAUCAGAAUUUUUUUGUCAGUGUAAUAAGUUCUUGAGAUUCUGAAAAUUCAAAGAAGAAGAAGAAGAAGAAGAAAUUGAAAAUGGGUCAUUACGCAACAGUGUGGGAUCAAAAAGAAGCAAGUGAGAUAAUCAAAGAUUGGAAUGGCGUUGACCAAGUCCUUCUCAGAAACCCACAUGGUGCUUCUGCCAAGAUUAGUUUACAUGGAGGACAAGUGAUUUCAUGGAGGAAUGAACAAGGCGAAGAGCUUCUUUUCACUAGCAACAAGGCUAUAUUCAAACCUCCUAAAUCAAUGCGUGGAGGGAUUCAGAUUUGUUAUCCUCAGGUAUAAUUUACUAGUAGAGCUCACUGAUAUCUUUUCUUGAUCACUUUGUAAUUGAAUUUUGUGUGUGUGUGUUUGUGAAGUUUGGUGAUUUUACGAUUUUGGGAUUAUCGGGUUUA